AUGAACGGCUCAUUCCAAGUCAACACACCUCUUCCUUCACUCUCGUCCUCACCUACCGCUUCACCGGAAGUGUCCAGACUUCCUACUCCCAUGCCGAACGGGGAAAGAAAUGGGAGUCUUCAAGCACCGCGCCCUUCUACCUCUCCAGCCAUAUCUGAUACCUCCGCUCAAACGCCCAGAGCAGGAUCUCCGGUCUUGUUUAUGCCUAAAACAGAUCAAUACGACGCUAGAGGUUCAUUACCCAAUACGUUGUUAUCAGUCGGCAUCAUAGCAGCUGUUCUAGGAGCUGUCAUAGGAUCGUCGCUUUCUCUAGCUGGAAAUAGAGUCUUAGUUCUUCUGGCAGGAAGUUGGGCCCGACCUCAACUAGGUUUCUAUCUCGCUGCUGUAGCUACUUUCCAUUUGUUAGAAUUCAUCACUACCUCAGGAUGGAACCCAUUGAAAGUAUCUGUGGACGCUUUCCUUCUCAACAAUACGAAACAAUAUCCUCUAGCUCACGCAAUGGGUUUAUUGGAGUAUUUCAUAGCAUCGGUCUUCUUCCCGUCGAGGUUCGACUCAAAGCGGAACUCGUUUCCAUAUCUGAUAAUCAUCGGAGCAGUCAUGUUUGGAGCUCAGAUCAUCAGAUCAUUAGCUAUGAUUCAAGCUGCACAAUCAUUCUCCCACGUUGUGAAAAGUAAAAAACACGAUGAUCAUACAUUAGUAACUCACGGUCUUUAUUCAUGGUCUAGGCAUCCUUCGUAUACAGGAUUCUUCUAUUGGGCAGUAUUCUCCCAACUUCUUCUCGGAAACGUAGUUUCGACUCUUGGUUUCGUCGUGGUACUGAGCAAAUUCUUUUCCAGACGGAUCAUCGAUGAAGAAAAAUGGUUAAUCAAAUUCUUCGGAGAUGAAUAUAUCCAAUAUCGACAACGUGUAGGAACUAAAUUACCAUUCUUUUUCGCUCCUACAUGA